GAUGUCAAAUGGUAUUCUCUCCCAGGCACGGUUUUCGAGGCGCUAAAAGAAGCUUUCUUUUUUCGAAAAAGUAGAUCUUACCCACUUUUUCGAACCAAAAACAGAAAGUUUUCCCCUCGUUCCCAACCGGUAAGCAUUUCCUCCGCCGUUUCCCUGUUCUUUCUCACCGUUUUUCUUCAGGCUUUGUGGGUCCUUUGCGGUGGUUCUCUUCUCCAACGUUCACCAGACCUCAGCCUCUCAGCUCCAGUCGCCGGCUAACUUCUAAACCCCUUAGAUUUGAGAAUGGCGGCUGUUUUUCUCAAAUUUUAGGCUCAGCUCUGUCCGGCUUUUGGGGUCUUUAGUACCCUCCAUUACUGCAGUUUGCAGAUCUUCCUUCUCUACUCACGCUUGUGAGUCCGCCUUUGCUCCGCUACUCCUUCUCGCUCAUCUUCAGUCUUUCCAGAAGCUCCUUCUCUGUCCCUUUAUAAAAGCCAGAGUACCAACCAUAAUGUCUCAAAGAUACUCACGUUCAGAGAAAGCCAAAUGGGUGGCUGGGUCCUUGAGAGUUACCCGCAAAUCCCCGAGCAGAUGACUCCAAACUUGACCCGGGGAACAAGCAUCAACCAAUCCAACACUUUGGCCAAAAUAGUAGAAUCAAAGCAAGCUGAGGCUUUGCGGAAAGAUAAGAGGAACACCACUAGAAGCUCCACUUAUAUUCGAAGGGCAGAAGUCAACAGAGCCUUUGAACUUGACAUUCAAAAAGCGCCGCCUCCUAGACGACGAUCCAAAGACAGAACGGAUUAUCGCCAGGAGUACAACAGAGACUACAACAAACACUCAAGAGGGUAUGACCAUGAGCAUCCCCGGGAUCGCCAGAGGCACUCUAGCCAAGACUUCAGAUCUGGCUCACAUCCCUCCCAUCAUCAUGAUCAGAGGAUUAGUUCUCCUUCGAGAUCAAGAUACGAGGAGUAUCAGAGACAUGACAGGCGAUAUGUUCACCGCAGAAGUCCAAGCGGAAGCCACAACUACACCUCGACACAGCGAACUCAACGCUCCUCUGACCUGCACACACCACCUCCCAAUCCAAUAAGGGAACCACUCCUCAGCCCUGUUCAGCCGAGGCCACAACCACAGGACUCCCUGAGAUCCAACUCCAAUUCGCGGAGGCCAGCAUUGGAGAGACUCACAGAAAUAAUCCCUGUGGAAGUCCCUUUUCAAGGUGGAGGCGGUAGUACUGGAUCUAGUAGAUUGCAAGAUGUGGCUAUUCUCUAUGAUGGAGAAAGCAACCAGGGAAAUCCCUUUGCGUCAUUCCCCCUUCAAAGCGCCUUCCUCUCAGUAAAUCCAGAUGCAACCCCUAGCAAUUCUCACUUCCCGCCUACUGAAGUUAACAAUCCUCCCUCUCCACAACAGACAGAGCUCCCCCAGCUACGGGUGCCUGCUUCCCUGCGCUUGGGACCAGGUAGAGAAUCAACAAGAACAACUCCUUUGGCAACUUCAAAGGCCAAAGCUAAAGGCCCCCAAAAGGCUAAGGCCCAAUCAACUAAAAGAGGGCCAAGAAAACCUGCUCAGACGGCAGCCCAAAAAGCUGCCUCAAAAGCCUCUACUUCCAAUCCAGCUCCUAAACGCAGAGUUAGCACCAGAGCUCCACCAAAACCAAGAGGAACUAACAGCCCAUUAGUGGGAGUCAGUCUCAGAAAGAGAAAUACCACCAGAGCAACUAAUCCAUCGAGGAAACGAUUGUGCACAGAGGCUAACUCUGUAUUUGGAACAGAGACUGCUUCAGGCGAAGUCAACUUUGCGGCAUCUGGUUCAAAUCCCACGGGGAUUCAACGUCAAGAACCAAUUCAGGACACCCUGGAUUUUCGAAACCAGCUUCUCUUUGCAGACAAAACUUUUUCAGACUCUGACACUAUUCAGAAAGCGAUCAAAGAUGCUAUUGAAUGGCAUAAUGCCCAAACCCGUAAGGAGACAGAGACCUCUUCAGCUACUCCAGUAGCUCGAGCCACUCCUCUCCCCUCAGCGUCGAUGUUGUGCAUAGAGACAGAUGCAUCUUGGUUAGAACCAACGAGGUUCUGUGGGCUAGGAUGGGUAGGCCGAGACUCUCAGGGCACCAUUCUCUUUAAAAACUCUGCCACGGAACAAUUUGUUGCCUCUGUCAUCCAGGGAGAAGCUUUAGCUAUCAAAGCGGGACUUCAAGAAGCGACUCUUCACGGUUUCAGCACCGUUGCAAUCAAGUCAGACUCUAAGACACUCAUCGAGCUGCUCAGAUCGGGCAAGGUUACUAAUGAGCUAGUUGGUCUUCUACAUGACAUUAGGGGUCUAGCGGCUAAUUUAGUAUCUGUAACGUUUCAGUUUAUUCCUCGCUCUGCAAAUACUGUUGCAGACGAGAUGGCAAAAAGUGCUUUAAGCACCCUUGUAUCCUCCUCCCUUGGAGACUCUCUGUUCUAAUUUCAAUAAUAUUUGCUGUUGACC